AUGUACGCAGCAAAUCACUGGGGUGGAUCACUGGAAAUAGCAAAUGAAAAUGAUCAUGAAGAUCAAAACAGAAGAAACAAGAACAUGGAGGACAUGGACAAAGCAUCGUUGUAUAAUACUCAAAGCCAAUACAGUGGAACUCUAGAUGAGACUCAACAGAGUUGGCUUCUGGAUCCAAAUGAUGCUUCCAGGAAGAAGAACAAGACCAGGUAUGUGGAUCUAGGCUGCAUCGUCGUCAAACGGAAAGCCUUGAAAUGGACCCUCAUCGCCGUCUUCGUUGCUUUUCUGGUGAUCGGACUUCCGAUUAUAAUAACAAAGUCGCUGCCGAAGCAUAAAUCACGGCCUCCACCCCCGGAUCAGUACGCGGAGGCUUUGAAUAAGGCUCUCCUCUUCUUCAACGCGCAGAAAUCCGGGAAGUUGCCAAAGAACAACGGGAUCAAGUGGAGAGGGAAUUCCGGCCUUAAGGACGGAAGCGAUGCAACGGAUGUGAAGGGAGGUUUAGUAGGAGGCUACUACGACGCCGGAGACAACACCAAGUUCAAUUUCCCGAUGUCAUUCGCCAUGACAAUGUUAAGCUGGAGUGUAAUCGAAUACGAACACAAGUACAAAUUCGUCAAGGAAUACGAUCAUGCUCGAGACCUCAUCAAAUGGGGAACCGAUUACUUGCUGCGUACAUUCAACUCAUCGUCUUCCAAAAUCGAUCACAUUUAUGGUCAGGUCGGAGGAUCUCAAAACGGUUCAGCAACACCAGAUGAUCACAAUUGUUGGCAAAGACCCGAAGACAUGGAUUACAAGCGGCCAAACCAACUGAUCACCGCCGGAGCAGAUCUCGCCGGGGAAAUGGCAGCUGCAUUAGCAUCUGCCUCCAUCGUCUUUAGAAACGACAUCGCCUACUCCAAGAAGCUUGUGAAAGGUGCCGCUACAGUAUGGACCUUUGCAAGAGAUUCAGGGAAGCGUAGCAGAUACUGUAGAGGCAAUCUUUUCAUAGAACCCUACUACAACUCAACAGGGUACUAUGAUGAAUACAUGUGGGGUGGUGCAUGGAUGUAUUAUGCCACUGGUAAUAUCAGUUACUUAUCGUUAGCUACAAAUGAAGGAAUUCCGAGACAUGCAAAGGCGUUAAUGGAUAUACCAAGUCAACGGGUUCUUAGUUGGGAUAACAAGUCGCCGGCGGCGAUGCUAUUGCUAACAAGGAUUCGAUUGUUCCUGAAUCCUGGGUACCCUUAUGAGUCAAUGUUAAGUAGCUAUCAUAACGCCACAUCGCUUACUAUGUGUUCGUACCUUCAUCAGUAUCAAUACUUCAAUUGGACUAAAGGGGGAUUGAUUCAACUCAGCCGUGGACAAGCACAGAAUCUACAAUAUGUCGUGAAUGCAGUCUUUUUGGCUUCAGUUUAUGCAGAUUAUUUGGAUGCUUCGGAUCUCCCGGGUUGGAAAUGUGGGUCAGCGUUUAUCCCCUUGGAUAAGCUUCGUGAAUUUGCCACUUCUCAGAUGGACUACAUUUUGGGGAAAAACCCGAUGAAUAUGAGCUACGUGGUGGGUUAUGGGAAGAAAUAUCCAACACACGUUCAUCAUCGAGGUGCAUCCAUACCAGAUAACAACGUCAGAUAUUCAUGUAAAGGUGGGUUUCAAUGGCUGUCUUCUGGUAAAGCUAAUCCAAACAUUAUCACCGGCGCCAUGGUUGGAGGUCCGGACCGGUUUGACAAGUACAGAGAUGUGCGUCGGAAUUACAGCUACACGGAACCCACUUUAGCCGGAAAUGCAGGCCUGGUUGCUGCAUUGGUUUCACUCACGGCAACCGGAGGCAAUGGAAUUGAUAAGAACUCCAUAUUUACCGCAAUUCCACCGCUUUACCCUACCGCCCCACCACCACCGCCGCCAUGGAAACCAUGAGAGACUUUGUAAUUAUACUCAAUAAUUGAAUUAAAUUUAGUUAAUUUGAUAUGUUAGUUCAUAAUUUUCAGUAAAAUACUUAUUUUUCUUUCCACAACUACAUUUUAC